UGCUGCAUUACUGCACACUCUCCACCAUGCUGUGGAUCGCCGUGACCGCCAGGAACAUCUACAAGCAGGUGACCAAGAAGGUCCCACCCUGCCCAGGCCCAGACCAGCCACCGUACUCCCAGCAGCCCCUGCUCAGGUUCUACCUCGUCAGUGGAGGGGUUCCUUUCAUCAUCUGCGGAGUCACGGCCGCCACGAACAUCAGGAAUUACGGGGCGGAGGGCGAGGAGUCGGCAUACUGCUGGAUGGCCUGGGAGCCCAGCCUGGGCGCGUUCUACGGGCCGGCAGCCUUCAUCGCCCUGGUCACCUGCGUGUACUUCCUGGGCACCUACGUCCAGCUGCGGCGUCACCCGGAGCGCCGGUACGAGCUCAGGGAGCGGACGGACGAGCAGCAUCGGUUGACGGGGCUGGAGGCCGGCCACAGCCCCAGGGCCCCCCCAGGCAUGGCGCCCACCUGUGCCUCCCUGGCCGCCUCGCUGCUGCAGAACGAGCACUCGCUCAAGGCCCAGCUGCGGGCCACCGCCUUCACGCUCUUCCUGUUCACGGCCACGUGGACCUUCGGGGCCCUGGCCGUGUCACAGGGCCACUUCCUGGACAUGGUCUUUAGCUGCCUGUACGGCGCCUUCUGCGUGACGCUGGGGCUCUUCGUGCUCAUCCACCACUGCGCCAAGCGGGACGACGUGUGGCACUGCUGGUGGUCGUGCUGCCCUUCCCGCCGGGACACCCAGGCCUCGAAGCUCAGUGCCCACCACACGCUCGACGCCAAUGGGGACGCACUGGGGCACGCCACCUGCCUGCAGGACUCGCCUUGUGUUGGCAAGCCACGGGGUUUUGGGCACCCGCCGGCCAGCCACUGCAAGAUGACCAACCUGCAGGCCUCCCAGAGCCACGUCAGCUGCCUGUCGCCGGCCACGCCCUGCUGUGCCCAAAUGCACUGUGAGCAGCUGAUGGAGGACAUGGCCCAUGUCCACCUGCAUGAGGAGGACGCGUUUGGGCACGACCUGCACCUGCACCGGUGCCUCCAGGGCAGAACUAAGCCUCGCUACUUCAGCCGGCACAGGGCGGCCGCGGCCGAGCAGGAGUACGCCUACCACAUCCCGUCCAGCCUGGACGGCAGCCCCCACAGCUCACGCACAGACAGCCCCGCCAGCUCGCUCGAGGGCCCGGCAGGGAUGCACCCGCUGGCCUGCUGCGCCCAGGGCGACCCCUUCCCCUUGGUCAGCCAGCCCGAGAGUGGCAACGUCAGUCCCACACUCUACGGCUGCACCCCGCGGCCCGGCAGGGAGGUAGGCCGUGGCCCCGCCCACUUUGAGAUGCUCCAGAGGACACAGUCCCUGCCCUUUGGGGGCCCUGGCCAGAACGGGUUGCUCAAGGGCGACGUGUGCGAAGCCGUGCCUUACGGUGCCGACAGCACAGGCAACAUCCGAACGGGGCCCUGGAAGAAUGAGACGACUGUGUAGCCGCCGUGCCACCCGCCCCGGGCGAGCGUCAGAGCAGAGCAGGGACCCUCUCCCCCGUGAGGUCGACAGGGUCACCAAGCGACAGAGCCGCUCAGAAGCGACUGGCACCCCGCUGACCUCUGGUUAUGAAGGACUCAAGUGGGAAGACGCUUUGGGCCACGUUGCCUCCCUGAUCCCCGAGGUCAGACAAGUUGUCGUGCCCACAGUCACCCCUCGUGGACCCGAAGCGCCCGUCCCCGGGCAGCCCAGCCACACAGCAGGCAGAGGAACCGGCCUCCGUGUGGAGGCCUGCCCGCCUGUGACGGCCGCGGCAGGAGGCACACUGAUCUUUCUCGUGUUCAAUGUGUGUGUUAAGUUUUGUUCCAGGGGCGGGCAGCCUGCUGGCCAGCCCAGUGCGCUCUGAACCUGGGCCCCACGUCUGAGCCGACGCCCGUGCCAUCUCCACCUCAGCCCCCACCCUGAAUGCAGCCCCAGCCCCGCAGGCUGAGGGCCUCACAGACGCGGGGCACCCAGCUGUGCUCUGGGAGCACGUGGCCUUCAGGGGGUGGAGGGGGCCCCACGGCUCUGCAAAAGCCCAACUGUCCUUUAACAAAUAUUCCAUUUCCUAAGCCAGCCGCUGUCAGGACUAGAUCCCGCCCCAACAUGGGAAUAUGGGAAAAAUAAAGUUCCCUGCCCCUCAAAGAGAAGGAGCUGGCAUUUCCAUGAACAUCUGGGCACAAAGCCCUGACUCAGAGGACAGAAGUGCCCCAUCCCAUGGCUGGGGUCAGUGGGUCCUCACAGGGGCAGAAGCCUGGACGCCCAGAAGGAUGUGAUAUGCGUGUGAGACCAUGCACAACUGCCCCUCCCUUCCUCCCCUUGGAACUGUGACGUGUACACACACACACACACACACACACAC